CCUCUUCUUUCACAACCAAAUUUUGCAGUUCUCGCCUUCCCAGUAAGAAAACAUUGCUGUUCUAGCAUUUUUCUUGGAACUUAUAAAGUAUUAGAGUUCAUCACUGAUUAUGUACAAAUCCUUACACUUGGCCUUGAAGUAAAAACUUCUCAUGUCUUUUUAAAUACCAGCAUGCUCCAUCAUAAAUACCAAAAUCUCAAGCAAAAAAGAUUUCCAAUCUAUAACACAAAUCUUCCAAAGCAACAACAUUAAACAUGGAGAUGAAGAAAAAGAAUUCAAGCAGCUAUCUUUUGGCACCAGUAUUCUUCAUUUUGGCUUUUACCUUUCCAACUAUUUUGAGUGCUUCUUCAAAUUCUUAUGCAACAAAAGAUCAUCUGUUCCCUGAGUUCAUAAAAUGGCAUGUAUAUGUUGUCAAUUCCUUGAGCUACAACCAAAACUUGUUCGCGCAUUGCAAAUCAUCAGAAGAUGAUCUUGGCGUCAAUAACCUAUCUCCAGGUUCAAAUAUCACUUGGAGUUUUAGGACAGAUUUCUUUCACUCGACAAUGUUUUCGUGCUAUGUGACUAAAGACGGCGCUUCUCUUAGUUUCAAGGCUUUCUGGUAUGAUGCUCGUCUUUUUGACAAGUGUGAUUGGAAGAAUUGUAUUUGGGUUGCUAAAGACGAUGGAGUUUACUUGAAAAAUUUGAGUCGAAGACUUGAUGAGUUGGUUUAUAAUUGGAAUGCCUGAAAGUAAUGAUGAUGACGAUGCUGGUAUUUUUAUUUUUAUUUUUGUUAUUUUCAAUAAAUCGUACCGUAGAUAGAAUAGGUUUUAAGGAUUGAUCAUGUUUGUACUCAGAGAAUUGCAAAUCAGUUAUACAAACGAUCAAUUGAAGAAUCAUUACAUAAUGAGGAAGAAAAAUAUAAACAUAAAUAGUCUUUCAGGUAUGAAAGUUGCCCAUUUCAGU